AUGACAGAUGCCCGUCACCAGCAUGAGUGGGUCCGCCUGCAAUCCGUGUCUAGUAUCAUGAUCUCGCUGUCGGAGUUGCCAUACGCGCAUACGCAACCGCAUACGCCUACGCAUACGCCUGACUCGGCCUCGCUGACAACACGCGGCGGGUCUGCCUUCAGCCCAGCCAAGGUUUCAGCAUCUUUCCAACAGAACUGCUUAUGGCAAAAGGAUGGAACUGCCGCCGCCGACAACAAGAGUCAGGCCGGCCGUGCCCUGCAGGUGAAGCAAUCCUCGCGGGCGCCGAGCCCGUCCACACCGGACGAGGAAUGGGGCCCUCUGCCCAACAAGAAGUCGAUCCCGACAAUGUCCUGCAAAGUCAUCCCAACUCUCCAACACCAACAACUCUAA